AUGGUCUGCUCCAAAUGCCAAAAGAAACUCAAAUCAACCGAGCUAGCGACGCCCGGCGUAAAACGCAAAUCAGAAAUGUACUACGGCUCGCCCUCGGCCUCGGUAGGCGGCGGUGCCGGAGCCGGAGCCAGCUCUAGCAAGUCGAAACCUACAUUGGGAAAUACGGGUGUUGGGAAGAGCAAACUACUCAGCUCGAAAGCCAAGAAUCCUUACGCGGCAUACGCGUCGUCCUGUGAGCUAUGCAAGACCAAGACGGAGCAAGGGAAGAAGUAUUGUCAGCGGUGUGCGUAUCAGAAGAAUGCGUGUCCGAUGUGUGGGAAGAGUUUGGCUGCCAAGGCAUCGAAAGAUCAGCCUGUUGUGCAGGGACAGAAAUUUAAUUUGAAAUGA